AUGGAUUCCUUCAAAUAUUGUGUAGUUGUAGUAGUUUGGAUAGCAACUAAUAUUAUCUUAAACGCAGCACCUAUUAUAUCUUCAUCAACAGAGGAGGCAGAGGCUCUUCUCCGCACUGGUUGGUGGGGGAAAACCAUUCCAGUUGACAAUUCCACAAGUCACUGUGAGUGGUAUGGAAUAUCUUGCAAUAAGCUUGGAAAUGUCAUUGGGAUAGACAUUUCUUGGUACUACCUGGGGGAAGAGCUGGAGAAAUUGAACAUGUCUUCCUUUCCAAACUUAGUAAAUCUCGAUCUCAGCAACUGUGGGCUCAAUGGAAGCAUCCCGCGUGAAAUCGGAAGGUUGUCAAAACUCAAAUACCUUCUACUUCCUGCCAAUCGUCUUACAGGUACACUACCUCUUUCUCUUGCUAACCUCACCCAAAUAGUUGAGCUCGACAUUUCUGGCAAUAGUAUUAGUGGCUCUAUCCCCUCAACAAUUGUGUCUUCUUUCCCAAACUUAGUAAGUCUCAAUCUCAGUCGUUGUGGGUUCAAUGGAGGCAUCCCAUAUGAAAUCGGAAGGUUGUCGAAACUCAAUUACCUUCAACUUUCUUACAAUGAGCUUACAGGUAUGCUGCCUCUUUCCAUGGCUAAUCUCACCCAACUACUCGAGCUUGACAUUUCUCACAAUUCUAUCAGCGGCUCUAUCUCCACAGAAAUUGGAAGGAUGUGGAAGCUUACCUCUCUCCAAAUUUCUUACAAUUAUCUUACAGUAACAACUUUACCGGUGAGAUCCCUUCAUCUCUUGGUCUUUUGGCCAACUUUGACUCUUCUUGACUUGUCUGCGAAUCGAUUUCUUGGUUGGAUACCUCCUGAGCUUGGCCAACUAUCCACACUUUCUCUCCUUGAUAUAUCCUCAAACCAAAUCUCUGGUCAUUUAACAAGUGAAGUUGGAAAUCUCUCCGGGCUCUACUCUCUAGACCUUUCCCAAAAUUUGUUAAAUGGAACCAUACCAACAGAGAUAGGGAAUUUGAAAUGUGUAGAUCAUUUGAAUCUGUCCUAUAACAAGAUAUAUGGUGCCAUACCUCCUGAGCUUGGUCAGUUAUCCGCACUUGCUGUCCUUGAUAUAUCCUCAAACCAACUUUCAAGUCUGUUAACAAGUGAAGUUGGACAACUCUCCCGGCUUUACUAUCUAGACCUUUCCCAAAAUUUGUUAAAUAGAACCAUACCAACAGAGAUAGGGAAUUUGAAAGGCCUAAUUCAUUUGAAUCUGUCCUAUAACAAGAUAUACGGUGCCAUACCUCCUGAGCUUGGACAACUCUCCAUGCUUCGCUUUCUAGACCUUUCCCAAAAUUUGUUGAGAGGAAUAAUUCCGGUGGAGAUUAAUAAUCUUUUUACGCUGCAAUAUCUGAACCUUAGUCAUAACUUCAUCAGCGGCCUAGUGAUAACAAUUCGACCAGAUCAUAUUGUGAAUUUUGAAUACUUGGAUCUCUCUCACAAUCAUCUCUCUGGCACUAUUCCCAUUUCGUUUAGCUCUACCAAUAAUUGGCAGUCCAUUGACUUGUCAUACAAUGAUUUGAAGGGAGAAAUCCCACAAGGUUUUCAAUUUCGAAGCAACUCAUUCCAGGAAUUAAGGGGAAAUAAAGGUUUAUGUGGUUCAGUCGAAGGUUUCCCUCCUUGUACAUAUUCUCCGAACAGAAGCAGAAACAGAUUCGUGUACUUGGGCACCAUUUUGCUCGUCGUCAUCAUUUCCCUUGCCUUCUUAAUCCUUGGAACUGUUUUCUUUUGCUGUAAAAAGGAUAGAAAAAAUACGAAAUUUGAAGAAAGAUCAAUCAAGAAGGGAAAUCUGUUCUCAGUGUGGAAUUAUGAUGGACGCAUUGUGUAUGAAGAUAUAAUUAAAGCAACUGACAACUUCGACAUUAGAAACUGCGUAGGGACUGGUGGUCAUGGUAGUGUUUACAAGGCACAACUGCCGAGUGGUGAAGUUGUUGCAUUGAAGAAACUUCAUAGGCUGGAAGCCGAGGAACCAGCUUUCGAUAGGAGUUUUAAAAAUGAGGUGCAAAUGUUAACAAAAAUAAGGCAUCGGAACAUAAUUAAGCUUUAUGGAUUUUGUUUGCACAACCGUUGCAUGUUCCUAAUUUACGAGUACAUGGAAAGAGGCAACUUAUUCUGUGCCCUAAGAUAUGAUGAUGAAGCAGUGGAAUUGAAUUGGACCACGAGGGUGAACAUUAUUAAAGGCAUUGCACAUGCUUUGUCUUACAUGCAUUAUGAUUGCAAUCCACCAAUUGUUCACCGUGACAUAUCAAGCAGCAACAUCCUGUUGGACUCAGAAUCGGAGGCAUUUGUCUCUGAUUUUGGCACUGCUAGAUGGCUAUAUCCCAAUUCAUCAAACCAAACUGUACUUGCAGGCACUUUUGGAUAUAUCGCCCCAGAACUUGCCUACACCAUGGAAGUGAAUGAAAAGUGCGAUGUUUAUAGCUUUGGGGUUGUGGCCCUAGAAACACUCAUGGGAAGGCAUCCGGGAGAACUUCUCCAAUCACUUGCAUCAGAAUCUACUCAAAAUAUAAUGCUAAAUGAUGUGUUAGAUGCGCGCCUCCCAGCUCUAGAGCAUGGAAUUAUUGCACAGGAUGUUGUUCUGGCUGCUAGCUUGACAUUUUCUUGUUUGCGUUCUGAACCAAAGUCUCGUCCAACAAUGCUACGCGUCUCUCAAGAGUUUCUUGCUUGCAAAUAUUCACCAACUAGACCUCUACGGAAAAUUUCACUUGGGCAGUUGAUGAAUCAAGAUAUAUAUUUGAUCAAAUAA